UUUGAACUGUCUCCUUGAAAUUGUCAAGGAAAGUUUGACCGUGUCUCGCUAAUAUUUCGAUAGUUUCCUUAGAGAAAAUACCACUUAAAGAAGGGAUUUACUUCAAUUAACAUGUGAUAGAGUUGGAAGGGGGCUAUGGUUUCGGAAAUUGUCGCGUGGAAGCUCUGAGAAAAGUUUUAUAAUUAUGGCGGCACAACAGAAGCGCUCAUGGAAACUUCAGGAAUUUGUGGCUCAUGGGUCAAAUGUUUCUUGUCUGUCACUGGGGCCAACUUCUGGUCGUGUCAUGGUAACAGGGGGAGAGGAUCGCAAAGUCAACAUGUGGGCUGUGGGAAAGCCAAAUGUAAUUCUGACUCUGUCAGGCCACACAAGUCCUGUAGAAUAUGUUCAGUUUAACAGUGGGGAGGAUCUUGUUAUAGCAGGAUCCCAGUCAGGAACACUGAAGAUUUGGGAUUUAGAAGCUGCCAAGAUUGUCAGGACCCUGACUGGCCAUAAGAGUAGUAUACGUGGUAUAGACUUUCAUCCUUAUGGUGAAUUUGUAGCAUCAGGUUCUCUGGACACAAAUGUUAAGCUUUGGGAUGUCAGACGAAAAGGUUGUAUUGUCACACUCAAGGGUCACACUGAUGGAAUUAAUUUUGUGAGAUUUAGUCCAGAUGGCCGGUGGAUUAUAUCAGCUUCUGAUGACAACACUGUUAAGUUGUGGGACUUGACAAGUGGAAAACUCCUUCAUGAUUUUAAGCAGCACACUGCAGCUGUUAAUUGUGUUGAGUUUCAUCCAAAGGAAUUUUUGUUAGCAACUGCCAGUAAUGACAGGACAGUAAAAUUCUGGGACUUGGAGACUUUUCAGCUGGUGUCUACUAUAGAUCCAGAAACUAGUGGCAUUAGAUGUGUGGCAUUCCACCCUGAUGGACAUUCAUUGUUCAGUGGAGCACAAGAUUCCAUGAGAGUGUAUGGCUGGGAGCCAGUUAGGUGUUAUGACAGCUUUUCUCUUGGAUGGGGAAAAGUUGCUGACAUUGCAAUUUCAUCCAACCAACUUAUUGGGGCAUCAUAUCAUCAGACAAAUGUCUCUGUGUGGGUAAUUGAUUUAGAGCAUUUAGAAAACCUUGUAGCAAAGUAUAAUGAUGAGACAGCUGAUGUAGGGAAUAAUGUAAUGGGAGGAGCACCAGGGGAAGAGAAACUGGCUAAAGUUGUACCAUCUAACAAAACACCACCUAGAAAAGCAUUUAGUACAGAGAGACCUCAAACAACAUCUUCAAAACCCAGACCCAAAGCUGAACAGCCAGGUGUGCCAGAAGAGCCUUCCAGCAAAGAGGGAGAGUCAAAUGACAACAAGAACUUGGCAGCCCCUGAUGAUAUAUUUUCAGCAAAGCAGAAACUAGAUCGUACACCUCCAAGACAAAAACAUGAACCAUUUCAGCCUCCCUUAGAGGACCCUCUAUCACACGGUCCUUCUAAGCAAGCCCCAGUCGUUAAGCCAUCUGCCAUUGCUCCCGAUCCAGUCAAACCAUCCAAGCCUACUUCAGUAAAUGAAAAUCAACAACACCAACAAAUGAUACCCUCAGAGAGAGACAAACCAGCUGGACUGGUAUUGUCUGACUUUCUCCCAUCCAGAGCUCCUGCAAUCAAUGACCCUUCGCAAAACAAUGCCAAUUUUGAUCAACAUAAAUUUCAACCAAAGAAUCCAGCCAUGUCAGAGAAAGAUGUCAUCUCUACACUGUCAAAAAGUCAUGACUCUAUAGCAACCAUUAUGACGGCAAGACUCAAGAAUCUUAGUGUUGUUGCAAGACACUGGGGGGAUGGCGAAAUAAAGACUGCAGUACAAGUUUCAGUAGAUAUGAAUGAUCAAGCAAUCCUAGUGGACCUGCUCAAUGUUCUCUGUUUAAAACAGACAUUAUGGAAUUUAGAUGUUUGUUCAUUGUUACUUCCUCACCUUAAGGACCUGAUAAGUAGCAAGUAUGAAAGUUAUGUCCAAGCUGGUGCUAUAGCAAUCAAACUUAUUCUGCGAAAUUUUGCUCCAGUCAUUAAAAGUAACAUGGCAGCACCACCAGUGUCCGUGGGAGUUGACCUAGUCAGAGAAGAAAGGUAUAACAAAUGUCACAAGUGCUAUUCACACUUGCAGUCUAUUCGCGAAGCUCUGUCCAGUAAAACCAACAUCUCUGGCAAAAUGGGAAGUCUCUUCCGUGAGAUGUCGCUAGCAUUUUCCAGCUUGGAUUAAUAGUAAGCAAUUAAGCUAUUUUAAAAAAGAAAUAUCAUACACAGUGAUUACUACAACUUGUGGAAUAUCCACUGCUAAACUGUAAAGUAUUUUCAUUCAAAAAAGUGACAACAAGAGUCUAAGCUGUCUUGUUUGUGCAAGCUUUGAAAAAUUACAAGAUCAGAUUUUAUUCAGUGAAAUGUGAAAGAUAAGCAUUAAUGAAAAUCAGAACAAGAAGUACUGAACGGUAUCUAUGAUGUGACUUGAGUGGGCUGGUAGAACUGUAGAAAGAUUGCAAACACUGCUCUUGAUUGCACUUUUGAAGUCAGUAUGUUCCUUGGGGAGAAAGCAAAAGAGGUAAAAGCGACUUUUACAUACAGAGAUAAAGGACUGUCAAGAAUAAUUUUUGUAACUUGGGUGUCAAAUGAAAAGCAAAAGUUACUGGUUUCUUUGGUAGGCACAGUUUUACUGCAGAGAAUGGUUUGAGUUCAGAGGUGGCCACAUUAGCACACCUGGCAAAUUUCCGCCAUGUCACAAGUUGUGAUGUUUAAAAACCCAUGGGAUCUGCAGAUUGCUUAGCUGAACAGUGCCAGGGAGUUUCAAUCAUUUAAGUGGAAUUAGGAAGCUUGAUUAUAAUAAUUUAUUGUGUUGUGUUUGAGUUUGGGGUUAGCUCUCUUUCCUUUCAAUUGGCACUGGAACAAAAAGCGUUCUCUCCAGCAGGUUGUAUUUUUCUACUUUGAUAUUUUUUGAAAAUCGACUUUUGGUUUAUGACUAAGAAUUAUUUCAGUUUUAUUGUUAUUUAAGCUUGGAUAAAGAGUAUAAAUUAUUACUUUCAAUCACAUAUUUACUUAAAUUUCAUUAAUUAAAGAAGUCUCUGGGGCAGAUCCAGGAUUUAGUCAAGGGGGGUUGGGAGAAUUGUCCCCCUCCGGAGGGGUCCGAGAUGUUGAAAAUUAGGUCUUCGGGAACAUGAUUUCCAGCGUUCUGAGGGAAAAUUUAGGGGGUUCAACCGAACCACCCCUGGAUCCACCCCAGAGUCUGCGCUCUCCAAAAUGAAGAGUGGGUACUGCGAUUUAAAGGUAAAUAGAAAUGUGUUCCGUCAUUUGGAGAAUUCCUCUUAGGGGGAGGGGAGGGAAGGGUAGUCAUAUUCUCCUCUCCAUCCCCCUGCUCUCAAAACACUCCUGUCCCCUAGGCUUUUGCUCCCUUGGCCACCCUUCAUUUAAGGUCCAUUUCUUUCAAACAUAUCCACUCCCAUGUGGUUUCAAAACUAAACAACAAGAUCAGAAAGCUCAACUAAACUGCUCAGUUAUCUUUUUGCUCAAAUGGUAGCACUUAAAAACUAAGGUUUUCAUGUGAAAGCCACUUUUUACAGAAUUAGCAUUGCAUCAAAGUUCUCCUUAAUAACUUUCAGCAUUUUGUUUAUAUUACCAGGCUUAAAAAUUAAAAGCCUAUUAAUAGCUUUCAUUGCACUAGAUUUGACUUAAGAAGAGGAAAUCACCAUUACUUAACUUGAAGGAAGUAUCAGACAAUUUCAAAAUCCAAUACAUUUUUUUAGACUAUGAAUUCACAACACACUGCUUCUGGGUCAACUUUGCAAGUCAAAACCUUUUCCCUUUUCCAAUCAGAGAUGUUUAAAAAUAAUGUUCAUGCAUUUUAUUCAAAAUUUAAGUGAAAAUAAGCAAUGAUUCUUUGUGUCCAUGCAUUAUUGUUUGCUGAAUAUUGCUUAAUAGUUAGCCUGUACAUAAUGGUUUUCCUUCAAAUUGUACUUAGAAUGUUAACUCUUUUAGUUUGCAUAGUGUGAAUACAAUCUUAUAUCUUUGUGUUUGUAACUUGAUUUAAAGUGACAAAGUUAAUAGUAACACUAAAUAAAGUAUGUUUAUAGAAAUCUCA